UGUGUGUGAAGUAUUUUUAUUUUUUCUAACGAAAAUAAUUCAAUCACAUCAUGAAUCCAACGGAAAAUUCACUUCCAACAACAAGUAGUAGUAGCAGUAGUAGUAAUAAUAAUAAUAAUUUAAAUAAUCCAAUUGUCAAUAAUAAUUAUGUUGAUGAUGAUGAUGAUGAUGAAAAUUCCAAUACUAAUAAUAAUCAUCAAACAUCACAACAACCUCAAUUCGGUGGCGAUGAUGAAGAAUUUUUAAUUCAUCUACAAUUUGAUGAAGAUUCACAUCCAUUAUUACGUUAUAGUGUUGAUGAUUGUAAAAUAUUGGGCAUACAUGAUGGAAAAUUAUUGAUACGUAUUGGUGAUUCAUUCUUUUUUGGCCAUCUAGAUAAUCGUCAACAAACAUCGGUUCUGUUUGCAUAUGAACCGAAUCAUAAAUUUAUUCAAGAAAUUCAUAAAAGUUUUUCAAAAAUUAUUAUGAAACGUGUUAUAUUGAAACCGAAAGAAGAUAAAAUCAACAACAACAACCAACAAUUAUUAAAAUGGACACGUCAUCUGAGAUUGAUUAAAAUUCGAUUUGCUCUACAUUUUUUAUUUUUAUUUUUUAGCUUAAUUGUAUCUUCAUCGUUGUUUGUUAUGCAAUCAACAACAACAACAACAAACUAAUAAAGAAAUACUGCUGAUGUGGCCACACACA